GGUAUGGCUUUGGAGACGAAAACGUCCUCUCAUAGGCAAAUCAAUGAAUCCGGUAGUAGAAAUAUGGUGGAAGGAAACGGGGAGACCGAAUUUGUGAAAGUGGAUGGGCAUGAGGGUGAAGAAUCGACGAGGACGUCUUCAAAUGUGAUUAAUCAAAAGGAAACUAAUGUUUUGGAACAUGGCAAUGAAGAGGUUGAUUCGAAAACGAAAAACGAGGUUGAUGCAGAAACGCUUGUGCAGGAGAAGAGUGUGAAAGAGAUAUCGACUGAUAAUGCGGCAUUGAGCAAAAUCGAUGCAAUUAAGGAACCAUCCGUAGCUACGAUUGGAUCUGAAGUAUUGCAGGUGGAUGAUGAAGAGACUGAGAAUUUGGAAGUUGCUAUAAAUGAAGAGCAUUCCGUGGAAAAACAAGAGAGCGAGUAUCAAGAGAUAGAUGUUACCUUUAGUUUGCUUAUCAAAGAAGAGGAAGAAGUCGUGGAGGAGGAGUGCUUUGAAGAAGAGGAGGCUACUCCGGUUAUCCUCGACAGGGAACCCUAUUACCCUAUUUUCCAGAAAUCGAUUAAGGAUUAUGGCACAGUUAAACGUUUGAAUCAAUAUCUUCAACAUAAAUUGUCCGUGUAUUUCAUUAAACGCGAAAUGACUCAUAUACUGAAGGAGAGUGAGCACUACGCCGAAAACUCACUUAAGUACAAGAUGAAAUUGGAUCAGUUCCAUGAUUUGAUAAACCGCGACCGUGAGGAACGGCAGAAGGUGACCCAAGAGAACAAAGAGCUUAAGGAGUUAAGAGAUAGGUUAAAAAUGGAAUCCGCAGAAAAUUACGCGAGUCUGCAACAGAGGGAGCGCGAAACCGGUACCGGUUUAAUAUUCACCAAAACUGGGAAGGAGAUGAGUGAAAAGGUCAAAAUUCAGUUUGUUUGUAAAUACGUGAUUGUUUGUUAUUGA